AUGCUGAAGCGCAGCAGUAGCAACUCGGUCCCGCAGUACAUCCGCAUGAUCACGCCUUUGGAGGUCUACCCGAAAUGCUCCUCGGUCGAGGCGCUGCGCGACCUUUGGUGGCACCCGCUCCUCAGCGAGAAAGGGGCGACUCCGUCGCUGGUGAAGCGCGUCGAGUUCAUCCGCUUGCCCAUGGAGCUCAUCACUCCAGGACCCGCUGGACCACGACAUCGCUUUGACGGCCUUGCGAUCUUCGUCAUCUCGCCGUCACUCCCCAAGAUCCUCCCGAGGAUGCUGCACACCGAGGACCCCAUCUCCUCCAUCGAGGAGCAGCCGCCCUACAUACUCGACGUCCCCGUUGUGGCCCUGCCGAUCGUGUACGCCUUCAUGGAGGACCCCGGGAUGAGCGGAGCUGCGAUUGGCCGGGUCUCUCGUAGCCCAGGCCACACUGCCGAUGCUCCAAGAACCAUCGUGGAGAUCCGGCUUCACAGGAGCAUCUCGGCCCUGGAGCAGGAACUCCGCAUGCGUCGCGUCCGCAGCGCGGCGCUCCCCCCGGACUCCUUCUACGGCUCCCACGCGAUGUUCUCGGACCCGGCGGCGCUCAUCGCGGACCUCGCUCACCCAUCGGCCGCUUGCAAAGCUUGGCCGUUGUGCAGCGGGCUCAUACUUCUGUCCUCGCAAAAGGCUUUGCUUUUGACUGAGGCGGAGGCGGACACCUGGCAGCCUGUGCUAGACAAAGCCCUGCAGGAGGAUACGGGAACGGCCAUCCUGAAGCUGCAGUGGAAGCCGUCGCGACACGGUGGGCGCGAGUACGCCGUUCCGUCGGCGACUGCGCAGCAGCUCGCUGCUCUCCGGCGCACCCGGGCCCCUCGUACCCGCAGGGCGGCCAGGCUCGAGUCUGUGACCGACGCCGAGAUCCGAGGUGCGGCCAGCGCCGACGAGAACGAG